UUUCUACGCACAGUUUAUAUUUUUUUACUAUUCAUCGGUUAUUUCCUACAAAUUUUUCGGAUUUAGCCCACGCUUCUUUUCCAGGCAAUGUCCGGCUUUAUCAUGAUGAUGACGCAGCAGGGAAAAUUAUUAUACAUAUCAGAAAAUGCGGCGGAUUAUCUCGGGCAUUCUAUGGAGGACUUGCUCAUUCACGGGGACAGCGUGUAUGACGUGAUCGACAAGCAGGAUCACAUGAUCGUGCAAAAUCAAUUAUCCCGAAACAGUCCCGUUCCCAGCGACAGGAGGCUGUUUCUGUGUCGAAUCAACGUGUCGAGGAACUCUCGCAGGCAGCUGCGGUUCGGCGAUCAAAAGGUAAUUCUCGUGGAGGGUCACUUUCUGCCGUUUGUUCCCGUUUGCAAUCGCAACGAGUUCGUCUUCCUGGCGUCUUGCACUCCGGUGGUGCUGCCGGAGACCCGGGAGAGUAUCGUCCAGGGCGCGACGAACAUCUUCACCACGAUUCACUCGAUGGAUAUGAAGUACCUGCAUAUCGAUAAAACCGCGGAAAGUCAUUUGGAGUACUCUCGUGCCGAGUUGGUCAACGUAUCGUGGUACAAUCUACUUCAUUGGGAUUCCAUAAGGACCGCCUAUUGCAAGCAUCAAACCGUCAUUCAGUCCGAUCAGGAGCGAUCCACUACCGCUCUUUUGAAGCUACAAAGCCGCUCCGGGAGGUGGUUCUGGGUUCAUUGCGUGCUACAGGUCAAGGACACCUCCGACGAAUGUCAGCAUCCAAUCAUCGUUUGCACGAAUCAAGUACUCACCGAUAAAGAGGCGGAAGUAAUGCGCGCCAGUUCGUGGUUGUAUCAGUAUUCCUCUCAAACGAAGUUCACCUACGGACUUUGUCCUAGCGGCCAAGGACGUGGCACCGUUUAUCCUCCCGCAGGAUCCGCUACCAACCAGGUUCAGGAGUACGUUCGGACGUAUUCCAACGACACCGAGGCUCAGCACUCGCCGUCGCUUCGUACGGACCGGUCCGAGACGGAGUCGCACGGUACUUCGAAGAUCGCGCAGCCGACGGAUUAUCCCGGCAGGCGACUCCUGCGGGACGACGCGGAACCCGUGGACAUGUCGAUAAGCGGCACGGAGCAGCACGAGGGUAGGGGCGUACAGGGCGUACAGGUCUCUGGUCAUCAGCAGCAUAUCCUGGACGACCCGGUCCGGUACCACCACAAGCAGUAUCACAAGAGCUCCUUGCAUUUAGCCGGCUAUCGGGCCAAGUUCGUGCAGUGCCAUGGUACGCAAUACGCCAGCGGUUGCACGGAUGUGCUGUCGGUACCCGGUACCAAGUAUUACCUUACCGACCUCGACCGGGACUACUGCUGUGGCACGGACCGGAGCGGGCUGUCGCUGCAUAAGCGGCUGCCAACGAAGACGGUGCUCGCGCCACCGCCACCCUCGAUCGCCGCCGCAACGGCCGAGCCGCCGCCGCCGCCCGAAGCCACCCCCUUGGAUAACUGGGGCGCCAAUCCGGCGUGGUCGGACACGUUGCAGAGGGUGCCGGACGUGAUGCACCAAGAGCUGAGCCCAUACAUCACUACGCCGACCACGCCGGUCAACACGCCCGACUCGGACACGCUCGGACACUCGGAGGCGCCCAUCUUCAACUUCGAUUGGACCGGCACCGAGCAACACGUGCCAAAUCUGAAGAUCACCUUCCACCGCGGCAGCGUCGCGUCCACCGCCGCCGGCGGUCAUCCCGCUACUCAGCCCAGGAAGCAGCACCAAGACUCGGUGCAGCCCAUCACGCUACAGUUACCACGUAGGAAGGGACAAUCCGCGGAGAACGACAGCAAGGACUUUCCGAAAUGAGCUUGAAAAUAUGUAUAAGUUCGAAGGGGAUCAAUACUAUAAGAGCUUAGGAAAUAGGCAGAAAAAAGUACAAGAAUAGGGAAAAACCUAUAGUUUUCUACCUAUAGCUUUUUAUCUAUAGUAAAAAUGUAGAAAAUACCAGUUAGUUUCGUUAAUGAAAAGAAAAUUCAUUAUAAGAACCUAGAGAAGAAAGUAGGGAGGAAGGUAGGGACUCGAAUAUAGAGGCCAAGUAGGGAUGUACAUGUGUGCGGCGAGGGGGGGGGAGUGAGAAAAUCAAAUGCGAACACGAGAGAAGUGUUCGGAUAAUGUCAUAUCUGCAUAUAUCUUUUUGUCACAGACAACGGAGUAUAUUCUUCCAAAUUCUAUCGGUAUCGCGUUACACAAUUUUCUACACGCUCGUUCGUCUUCUCUCUCUCUUUCUUUUUUCUUUGUUUUUUUUUUUUUUAU